AGUAUAUGCAAAUACGAAUAUACAAUAAUUAAAUUUAUAUGCGGGCACCCAUGGGCACCCGUGGGGGACAAUGGGGUAGGGCGGGGAUGGGGCGGGUCUGGGAGUAACGGGGAUGGGAUGGGGAUGGGGGAACUUUUUAGACAUGGGGCGGGGAUGGGGAAUGUACCCGCCCCAAACCCGCCUCAUUGGCAUCCCUAUUAGUUCCUACUUCCUAGUGAAUUUUGAAGUUUGAUCAAUCCCUCUAAACAUUUAUAAUUUCGGGCCGAAAUCUCUUCUCAAACACAUUUUUCUUUACAAUAAUAGUGGAUAUAACAAGUUUAUUUAAAAACAAUUGAAUCCUCGCGGAGAUAUGGCAAACGUCGAAUUUGAUGUGAUAGUCAUCGGAGCAGGAAUAAUGGGGAGCUGCGCGGCUUAUCAAGCUGCCAAACGCGGCCUAAGGACUCUUCUCCUGGAGCAAUUCGACUUCCUCCACCACCGCGGCUCCUCCCACGGCGAGUCCAGAACCACCCGCGCCACUUACCCGGAAGAAUAUUACACUAAAAUGGUCUUAGCCGCCGAACCCCUCUGGCGCGAAGCCGAAGCCGAAAUUGGCUACAGCGUCUGCUUCCGGACUCCACAGCUCGAUAUGGGCCCCGCCGACGACCAGACGCUGCAAGCCGUCGUCUCCUCCUGCCGGAGUACAUCCGUUCCGGUCCGAGUUUUGGAUCCAAAACAGGUCGAUGAACAUUUCGACGGCCGUUUUAAGUUGCCGGAGGAUUGGAUCGGCGUUGUGACUGAGUUCGGCGGCGUUAUUAAGCCGACCAAAGCCGUUUCCAUGUUCCAAUCCCUGGCCGUUAAACACGGCGCGACUCUGAGAGACCACGUGGAAGUUAACGGCGUGGAGAGAGAUGAUCGGACGGGUGGAAUCUCCGUCACCGCGAAAAGCGGAGAUAAGUUCCUGGGCAAAAAAUGCGUAGUCUCUGCCGGCGCGUGGGCGCAAACAUUAGUGAAAACCGUUACCGACGGGCGCGUGGUGCUUCCGAUUCAGCCGGUGGAGACGAGCGUUUCCUAUUGGAGGAUCAAAUCCGGUCACGAAGAAGAGUUCACCAUCGGAUCCGGAUUGCCGUCGUUCGCAAGCUACGGCUCCCCGUACGUGUACGGAACGCCGUCGUUUGAGUUCCCCGGACUGCUGAAGGUUGGUUGGCACGGCGGAUGCGAAUGUGAGCCGGAGCACCGCACCUUUGCGCCGUCGGCCGGUGCUUUGAGCUCACUGAAAGAGUGGAUCGAGGGACGAUUCGGGGGGAAGGUGGACUCGUCGGCGCCGGUAAUGUCGCAGUCGUGUAUGUAUUCAAUGACGCCGGACGAGGACUACGUAAUUGACUUCCUGGGCGGGGAGUUCGGCAAGGAUGUGGUGGUGGCCGGUGGGUUUUCCGGCCACGGGUUCAAAAUGGGGCCGUUAAUAGGCCAGAUUUUGGCGGAUCUUGCCUGGAAUGGAUCUUCGGAUAUCUCACCUGGUUUGGAUCCUUUCAGGAUUGAUCGGUUUAAGGAAAAUGGUAAGGGAAACUUGAAGGAUUUUGACUUUUUUGACCAUCAACUGAAGCUGUAAUGCUUGAGUUUCCAAUUGUGUUGAGAAUAAACAUAUACUCCGUAUGGAGUAAUGUGUAUUUAAGUGUAACGCAUUUAAUAAAAUAUUGUUAUUUGUGUAUUUUUUGUAUUAUAAAAUACUUUUACGUAAAUUGAUUUGUUGUUACUAAUGGCUUCAAAUUAAAGCAACAUUUCAC